AUGGCGCCCGCUGAGAAGACCUCGCCGACAUCUGGUGUGGACACACCAGAGCACCAACACAACGAGCCGGAGCACUUCGUCGACGCCGAUGGCAACAUCUCUCUCCCGCAAGGCUGGCGCUACAAGAUCACCAAGAUCGGCAAGUAUCGCUUGUGGUAUGCCAGCCCGCAAAUCCAAGUCACCCUCGUCGCCUUCGUUUGUUUCAUGUGUCCCGGCAUGUUCAACGCGCUCAACGGCCUCGGCGGCGGCGGCCUGCUCAACCACAAAGCCGGCAACGACUCGAACGUGGCCCUCUAUUCGACUUUCGCAGUCGUCGGUUUCUUCGCCGGCACCAUCACCAACAGGAUCGGCGUCAACUGGGCCAUCGGCAUCAGCGGUCUCGGCUACGCGAUCUACGUUGCUUCCUACCUCGUGUACAAGCAUACCGCUAACCUCGGCUUCGUCGUCUUCGCUGGGUUCUUGCUCGGAUGCUGCGCCGGUGUUCUUUGGUCUGCGCAAGGUGUGAUCAUGAUGUCCUAUCCCACCGAGAAGAACAAAGGUCGCUACAUUGGCUGGUUCUGGGUCAUCUUCAACCUCGGUGGCGUCAUUGGCGGAUUGGUCCCACUCGGUCAGAACAUCCACACCACGGCCAACACCGACGUCAGCGAUGGCACCUACGUCGGCUUCCUGGUCCUCACCACCCUCGGCGCUGUCCUGGCUCUCAGCCUCGUGCCAGGAGACAAAGUCAUCCGCUCCGACGGCACCAAAGUCAUCCUCAUGAAGAACCCAACCUGGAAGAGUGAGCUGGUCGGCUUGUGGGAGACUUUCUUCACAGAUCCGUACAUUCUUCUCCUCUUCCCUAUGUUCUUCGCCUCCAACUGGUUCUACACCUACCAUUUCAACGACGUCAACGGCGCCAAGUUCAAUACCCGCACCCGCGCGUUGAACAGUGUGCUCUACUGGCUCGCGCAGAUGGUCGGCGCGGCAAUUUUCGGCUUCCUCCUCGACGCUAGCGCGUUCCGCCGCACGACUCGUGCCAAAGCUGCCUGGGGCGCGUUGAUGGUGCUGACGAUGGUCAUCUGGGGCGGCGGAUGGGCUUUCCAGAAGACCUACACCCGCGCCGAGGUGACGGCUGGCCUCGACACGGAGACGCUGGCCGACGACUACCAAACGUACGACUGGACGGACGGAGGAUACAUUGGCCCGAUGUUCUUGUACAUCUUCUACGGCAUGUACGACGCCAUCUGGCAGACUUGUGUUUAUUGGUACAUGGGCGCCAUCACCAACAACGGCCGCAAACUCGCCAACUUCGCCGGCUUCUACAAGGGCAUCCAAUCCGCCGGCGGCGCGAUCAUGUGGCGUCUCGACGGCCUCGGCACGCCGUACGUCAACAUGUUCGCGUCCUGCUGGGGCCUGCUCGCCGGCUCUUUACUCUUCGCACUCCCGGUCAUUCUCUUGAAGAUCAAGGACACAGUCCCGGUGGAAGAGGACCUCAAGUUCUCCGACGAGACGGUCGACGAUGUCUAUGCGCACACCAAGGUCGACGGGGUCGCGUAG